AUGACAGAAAUCCUCUGCUAUGACGACAGCUACCUGCGCGAGUUCGACGCCACUGUUAUCGACACCGCGCCUAAGGGCGUUAUGCUCGACCGCACGGCGUUCUACCCGGGCGGCGGGGGGCAGCCUGCGGACAGCGGCACGCUCACCGCAGGCGAGGUGCCCUACACGGUCAAGCGCCUGUCGCGGCAGGACGGCAAACUGGUGCAUGAGAUUGAUGGCGACCUGCCCCCUGUCGGCGCGAGCAUGCAUGGCGAGCUAGACUGGGAUCGCCGAUACCUGCUGAUGCGCACGCACACGGCGCUGCAUAUUCUCUGCGGCGUGGUAUGGCGCGACUAUGGCGCGCAGGUUACCGGGGGUAACAUGCAGCCCGGGAGCGCGCGCAUGGACUUCGAGUUUGAGAACAUGUCAGCAGAUUUCGCCGAGCGCAUGGAGACGUUGGUGAAUGAAGAGGUGCAGGCGGCGCGUGGCAUAGAAAUCAAAACUCUGCCUCGUGAAGAAGCCUUCAGCAUCCCCGACCUGAUACGCACUAAGAUAAACUUGCUGCCGCCCGCAAUCACCGAGAUUCGCACUGUCAACAUCACAGGUCUUGAUCUGCAGGCGGAUGGCGGAACGCAUGUCGCCAACACCAGUGAAGUAGGCGCAAUCAGCGUUGUCGGGCACGAGAGCAAGGGGCGCAUCAAUAAGCGUCUUCGCAUCCGCAUUGACGCCUGA